CCAGCAAGAAAUUUCAGGGAACCAUCGUUUCACAAAUAAAAGCCAUCAUCAUCACCAUCGUUCCAGCUAAUUUGCAUAAUCACGGUUCAUUUUUAAAAAGAGUUGCUUUGGAAGCAUUGAAAGAGAGACUUCAGCUGGGAGUGGCUAUGGAAUUCAUCUGGAAUACUAUCACGAAUGCAGGGGUGGUUUUGGAGACUGUUAAAAAGACUGUGGAGAAUGCCAAGUAUGCAUGGGAUCAAUACAACUACUCUAGAAGCCUCAAAGAUAAUCUUGCUGUUCUGAAAACCGAAAUGCAAGAAUUGAGUAGCCGGGAGUCCGAUGUAACCAAUGAACUGAAGGCGGCGGAGGGAGUGCAUGUAAAGAAGCCAAAAGAAGAGGUGAGUUUAUGGCUAAAAAAUGUGGAAAAGAUUACAAGAGAAGUGAUUAAGAUAGAAGAAGACUCUAGAGAAGUAAGUAGAUAUUUCUUACUUCGGCGUUUAGCAUUGGUAAAGCUUGUCGAGGAGAAGAUUGAAGAAGUGGUGAAGCUUAAGGAGAAAGGUCGAUUUUUAGAAGGGUUACUUGCUGAUCUAUUACCUGAAAGUGGAAUUAUGCCAGUGACGAAACUUGUGGGGAGAACGACAGCUGAAAGAAAGUUGGAACAGAUUUGGAACUGCUUGAUAGAUCACGAGGUCAGCAUUAUUGGUGUCUACGGCAUGGGGGGAGUAGGAAAGACAACCAUCAUGACCCACAUAUACAAUAAAAUAAAGAGCACCGGAAUACUUGGAAUUGCCAUUUGGGUGACGGUGUCUAAUGAUUUUAAUAUUGAGAGACUGCAAAAUGGCAUUGCACAAGAAAUAGGAUUGAAGCUUUCCUAUGAAGAGGAUGAAAAGAUAAGGUCAAUGAAAUUGUUUGAGGCUUUGAAGAGUUUGAAGAAGUUUGUUAUCAUCUUAGAUGAUAUGUGGAAACCAUUUCUAUUGGAAGACAUAGGGAUUCCCGAGGGCAAUGCAUACAAAAUAGCACUGACUAGUCGAUCAAAAAAUGUGUGUCGUAGCAUGAAGUGCGGAAAAAAGUUUGAAGUGCAGGUUCUUUCCGAGGAAGAAGCGUGGGAAUUGUUCAAGGAAAAACUUGGGGUUGAUGUGGUUCUUUCUCCAGAAGUAGAACAAAUUGCGAAGCUUGUAACUGAAGAAUGUGGUGGUUUGCCGCUUGGAGUCAUCACAGUAGCGAGUGCAAUGAGAGAAAAGGACAAUGUUCGAGAAUGGAGAAAUGCAUUACAGGAGUUAAAAUGCUCAACGAUGGAGAUCGAAGGCAUGGAUGAUCAUGUUUUUCCAAUUUUGAAAUUUAGUUAUGAUCGACUAAAAAACGACAAGAUUCGAUGUUGUUUCUUGUAUUGUGCUUUGUUUCCAGAGGACUAUGAAUUCUCUGCUGAAGAGAUGAUAGAGCAUUGGGUAGCAGAAGGAUUGAUAGGUGAUAUGGGCGACCGGGAAAAUGAAUUUGACAAAGGCCACACCAUAUUGAAUGGACUGAUAGAUGUAUGUAUGUUGAUAAGGAAGUCUAAUGAUAAUGUAGUAAUGCAUGAUUUAAUCAGAGAUUUGGCUAUUGGCAUUACAAGGAAGAGCCCUCGGUUUGUGGUCAAGGCUGGGACUGGGAUAAGUGGAUCAAUUAGUGUAGAAGAAUUUACUGAAGAGGUUGAAAAGAUAUCAUUAAUGAGAAAUAAAAUUGAAAUGCUUUCAGGUCAACCAAACUACCCAAAACUCACCACAUUGUUGUUGCAACAUAACCCUUUGUCACGCAACAUUUCUGAUGGGUUCUUCAGUUGCAUGAACAUCCUAAGAGUACUCGACCUCUCUAACACUGAUAUUGAGUAUAUGCCAGAAUCACUUUCCAAGCUGGAGAACCUGUGUGUACUCUUAUUAAAGAAUUGUAGGAGGUUAAGGAAGGUACCGUCCUUAGCAAAGCUCAAGCGUCUAAGGCUUUUGAACCUCUAUGAUACUGUCAUUGAAGAAGUGCCAGAUGGGAUGGAAUGUUUGGUUAGCCUCAAAGAGCUUUAUGUUCUGUCUGAUUGGGUUGAUUUGGACAGGUAUGUCAGAUCUGGGCAUUGGAAAUGCUUGAAACGCUUCUCUCUUGUUUCAAAAUCUCUUAAUUUCACCUUGGGGACAGAUAUGAUGGAUGCUAAUGGGUGUAAUCUCGUUGGGCAAGAGAGUUCCAUAGUGCUUCCUGAUGGUAUUCUCGAGCUGGUUAUGAAUGAAUGCGAGCUGUCAAGCUUACCCUUCCUCUCUAGCUUGCAACGCUUACAAAAAUGUAACAUCUCAUCCUGUAGCAUAAUGUGGUUGUUGCCCAUAGCAGACGACACCACCAUAAAGUCUUUCCCGUCAUUAGAGAUUUUGCUUCUAAGCGAGCUUCCGAAUUUUAGGGGUCUGUGUGAGGGAGUCUUGCCACCUGGUUCACUCACAUGCCUCAGACACCUGAAUGUCUACAGAUGCCAAGCAUUGGAGAAUCUCAUGUCACUUGAAUUGUUUCAGCACCUCCGAUGCCUGGAACAAAUCGAUAUUGCAGAAUGCAGUGAGAUGGAAGAGCUGAUACAAGGAGAAGAAGUUAUGGGUGAAGGUGAUAACAACAACAGCAACAAUACCAUUCUACUCCCCAACUUGAGGGAGUUCCAUUUAAUUCAUUUAGGGAAAUUGAAAAGCAUUUGUAAGCGGUUAGUCAGCUGCCCUUCCCUGAAUAAGAUUUCUAUAGUGGGUUGUCAUCAGUUGAAGAAGCUCCCUCUUUCCUUGGGCAACCUAACAUCUGGUGUGAGAGGAGACAUUGAAGGAAGCAAAGAGUGGUGGGAUGCAUUGGAGUGGGACGAUCACAACACCAAAACACUUUUCCAACCUCUUUUUAAAGAAGCAAGACGAGAAGCACGGGGAAUCAAAAGAAAAGCAGAACAAGAACCAGAACAGGUUGCUUCGACAUCACGGCAGCAAUAAUCUCCUUAUUAAAGGAGUUUUGCUUUUUUCUUUUUUCUUUUUUUUUCUUUUUUUUUGUUUUUGUUUUUGUUUUUUUGCUUUUUGUUUUUUGUUUUUUUUUUUUUUUCGUUUUUUCUGUUUUUUUUUUGUAAUGUAUCUAUCUAUUUGAUCUUUUAUAUUUCAAGAAUAGUUGAGAAAUGUAACGUUAGUGAGAUGACAAUGCAUGGCUUAUGUUCUUUUCUCUCUCUGGCAUUCGAAAUGUGAUUUUUCCCUACUGUUGAUUUGGUGAUUAGUAUAUGGGGUGUUAUUAUAAUAGUUAACCCAUUCAAGAGGUUGAGCACCUUGAUGUGGGCCACACUCUAUAUCAAAUCCACACCAUCCCAAAAAAUGGCACUGUAAUUUAAACACUUUCACUUGGUUUUUCAAUUUCCUGGUGUAAAUACAUGCAAAUAGAUAUUAAUUAGCAUUUAAUCAUGUUUGGUGCGGUGGUAAUUACCUCCACGCAAAAACCCUUAAAAAGUAUCGAUGUAAAUUUGUGGGCCCC